AUGGUUCUGUUGAACCCCUCGGUCAGUGGUCUUCGAAAAUUGAUAAAAAUCUGUGAGGAAUAUGCUAAGGAGAACGGACUCAGAUAUAAUGCUAAAAAGAGUGAAAUUUUAAUCUUUCGAGGCAAAAAUAAACCGUUAAAUCUCAAUCCCAAUAUACAUCUGUGUGGAACUCCUCUAAAACAAGUAUCUGAGUUCGAAUACCUUGGCCAUAUUGUGAAUGAACGCCUGGAUGAUGAUAGCGAUAUCGAGCGCGAGCGCAGAGCUUUGUCAGUUAGAGGCAAUAUGUUGGCCCGUAGAUUUGCACGAUGUACCUCACAAGUAAAAGUAAUUUUAUUUAAAGCCCUUUGCCAGUCUUCUGACACGUGCAGUCUAUGGGAGAGUUGCACUCGGCGAGCAUAUAGUGCUCUGUGUGUACAGUACAACAAUGUGCUGAGGGUUUUGUUGAAGAAGCCUCGGUACUGCAACGCGUCGGCAAUGUUUGCGGAUGCUCAUAUAGAUGAUUUCUAUGCGACCAUGCGUAAGCGGACCGCGUCCGCAAUGCGCAGAUUAAUGAACAGCUCCAACAACCUCCUCAGCACAUUAGCUGUAAAGCUAGACAGUCCCCUCUGGAGACGCUGGGAUGGUGCACACGUAGCUGCGAGGGAAGCUUAA